AUGAAAAAUGCAAACCAGAAAGGGCUCGACAUUUUGGAACACUUAGCGCAGGUUAGACGCGUCGUAGAGUGCCUUUUGCAAAUGGACGAAGCGUGGGACACACAGUACGUUAAGCAUACAAUCUGCUACUUCUAUUUUAACCAUGUCCUUACGUACACCCGAAUUAACGAUGAGUCAAUAGAAGCAAUACAGAUGAACAGAUUGAAUCUGUUCCUAACAGCCACCCAAAAAUUAAAAGUCCUAACGGAGGCGGUACUCUACAUACUUAAAAGGAACUAUUUAUCCUAUGAUGAAACAAUUUUGGGGGAAAAAAUUACACAGUUUGAAAGGUACGAAAAGGAAAACUGCAUUUAUAGGGACUACCUAUCAGGUGGAAACAGAAAUAAUUUUCCCCACUUUGACAAGCUAAAAAUUAAAAAAGAACAGAUGUUACCGUUUCUCUUUCUACUAAGUUGUAGCACUUAUAACAAAUCAGAAAAUCUUCAAAUCGUUUGGACCAUAAUUGUGUACAUAAUAUACACCUUUUUGGAAAAGUACAAUAUAAAAAAUGAGAAUCUGGAAAAUGACACUUUAUAUGUGUAUAUCGAUGAAAGGUAUCAAAUGGACGGUGACCUCCUCAGCGUCAAUAAGGUUACCAGUAUGGUCGUGGGAUUUUACCUAACGUUGCUAAAUUUGGGGAAGAAGGAGUUUUCCAGGAUGAUGUUUUCGCAGGGCAAGAACAACUCCGAGGGGAGAUGGAAGCUACCAAGAGAAAGGCGCUUCUCCAUUGUAGACAGGGAAUAUAUGGCGUACCAUCAAUAUAAGUAUAAAAAAAUAAACUUCCUAUUCGAAACAAUUUGCCAGGGAUUACUCUUAAUUUUACAAAACCAUCAUUGUGCGAAUUAUCUUACCUUCCUCACGUUGGAUUUAUUUGCAUUAGUUGCCAAGUACCAUCAUUCGUUUAUCCAAAAAUACAGCAAAGAAAUAUACUCCCAAACGGUGAGGUGUAUCUUGCAGCACAUGGAUGAAAGGAGUGACAAUGCCGCAGACUUAUGCUUGAUGAUGCUAUUUUUAAUUCAUUACAUCAAACUGUUUUUGUACGAACCGCUGAAGAUUACUCCACAGAAACGGCGCGAGGGGCACACCUCGCAGGAAAGAAAUGCGUCCAACUACACAGACUUCUUAAUCUACAUUUUGAGAAAAAAUAACAUUAAGAGGGAAAUUAUGAAGCAAAUAAAUCACCUGCAGAAGUACCUAAACAUUGUGUGCGCUGGUACCCCCCACGUGGAUACAGAGAAGAAAAAAAAAUUUAAUACCAAGCAAGCAUAUGACAAAGUGACAAAGAUGUACCAGUUUUACGAAAUAAAUCCCUACGAAAGGGAAAAAAUAACGCGAAAUAUUUAUAAAAAUAAAAAACUCUACUUUUACAAACCUUUUUACAUGUCCAAGCAUUUUUUAUUGGACAAAAAUGAAGUACCUUUUUUUGCAAAUGAAUAUUCGGAUGAUGGAGUGGAUCAUAAUGAAAAGGAAAAAAUUGAAAAUUUUCUGAAAAGACUCUUAACUCGAAGCGGGCGCCGCACAUUCUGUCCAAAAAAAAGGUUAUCAAAUUUGAGGGCAGAAAUUACAAAGUGGAAGAGCAACAAAAUUUUAAGUUCAAAUUAUUUAUGGCGGAAAAAAAGAAUAAACAAAUUAAAACCUUCUGGAAAGUUCCUAGGGAUACACAAAUUACACCACGAAAUAGACCUUCAGAAAAUACACUACAACGAAUUGAACAAUUUGCGCUAUAUGACAGAUUUGCACACGAACAAUGACGUUCACCAUUUUAAUCCCAAAAAUUACUAUGAUGGGAAUGACUCUUCCGAUGUGCUUCUGGCUGCGAAGAGCGUCCUGUCGUCGUUUUUCUUCAUAAGAAGGGGCUCUUUCACCGCAUUUUUUAUGUCCAAAUCGGCAAAGUAUUUGUCGCAGCUGUACCCGGGCUGGGCCCCCUGGCUGUAG